CACCGAGAAUGAUCGGGGUUUCGUGCCAACACCCCGCAAGUUUCGGUCAACUCCUGCCUCGCAUGAAGCUCCGUUAGUUCUCACAGAGGCAUACGCGCCCAGUGAUGCCGUUUGGGCAAUAUCGGCGCUGCCGAUGCACACACAUCAGUGCAAGCACUGUGACUAGGUAACCCUCAAAUCUCGAUGAUAUGAUCUAAUCGAGGACACGCAUUGGUAGUUCAUGUAUAAAAGGUCUCCGGGUCCUCUGCCUCGAAUCAUAAUAAAUUACAAGCCUGCGAGUCAUUCUCUAUCAUUCCACUCGCAAUGUAUCCAAUCGAUCUAUUAUCCCCAUCCCAUCUCUUCACCAAUGUCCUAUCCGUCCUCAACUCCGUCCAGCUUCUUAGCAGGAAAGAGGCACCAGGAGCACAACCAACCCCAGCGGAUUUUGAAGUUAAUCUUCAAACAAAUACAGGGUUUCUCCCUGAGAAACCCAUCCCACGGCUUCCCGAAGCUUACAGCGCAUGGGAGGAUGCGCUUACACGAGCUCAGGAAGUGCUGAUACUCGGGGAAAACAUAACACAGGACAACACAAAGAGCCGAGCUGACGGUGAACUUUGGAGAUCACAAAUGCGAAAGCUUCCCGUGAUUAGCAUCGAUGAUCUAAAAACAGACAAGCAAUUGUUACGUCGCGCUCACAAAGUGCUCGCCUUUCUUGUACAUUUCUAUGUCCAUUCCAUACCGGAUCAGACGGCCGGUUCGGUACUUAUUCCCAGAUCCCUGGCGACUCCAUUGCUUGAAGUAUCGGACGUCUUGCGGAUGGCGCCGGUACUUACAUUCGCCGACACCGUCCUAUGGAACUGGGAUCUCAUUAACCCAGAGCUUCCUGUCACGAUAGAAAACAUGCGUUUCGGCGUUGAGCUCUUCUCAGGGACAGAGGACGAGCGCAAUUUUUGGUUCGGAAACGCAAAAGUUGAGAUGUUGGGUGUAGAGAUGCUUCACCUCUUCAACGAGUACCACAGUCUCCCCAAUGUUUCCGACUUCGCGUCCGUCUGCAAAAUCAAUCGCCUCUUGACCCGCCUUGUGGCAAUUGUCAACCGGGUUGAAGAAACCUUGUUAUCCAUGCGAGAUCUUGUAGAUCCCUCCACAUUUUACUGGCAAGUGCGGCCUUGGUUCAAUGGAAGUGCUAGCGGAUCAUCUAGCCCAACAUGGAUUUUUGAAGACGGUCCGGACUCUUCCACACUCGACCUCAGCGGACCAUCAGCUGGCCAAAGUAGUGUCAUGCAUGCACUUGACAUCUUCCUAGAUGUCGACUUCAAACUGCAGCAGCGUCGGUAUCCAGCCCCCUCAGAAUCAAAUAAACGAUCGGAUCUUGGUUUCAUGGAGAGAAUGCGACGGUACAUGCCCGGGGCACACAGAGAUUAUCUCCACCAUCUUGCCAACUCCUCGCGUCCUCUCCGGGAACUCGCCAAAAGCACACCUGCUGUGAAAGAGUCAUAUAAUGCAGUUGCGUCGGCAGUUAGAAAGUUCCGGGACUCGCACAUACGCAUCGCAUGCCUAUAUGUCGUCUCCAUGGCACGAUCAACGGCAAUACCAGUCGGAUGCCCCGUAUUUGCGAUGAUGCAGAGGAUGGAGCGACAACAGAAGAAAACAGGACACUCCACUGGCACGGGUGGUAAUGAAUUGUCGCUAUUGCUGAAGUCCACCCGCGAUGCUACAGCACGUGCUGCUCUAAAGAUCUGAAGGAGGGAAUGGCAUGGCAUGGACAGAAAGCACUUACUUUAUCAUAAUAACCACCACUAUAUCGCAGCCCACAACCAUAUUGUCCGCGGAGAGGUAUUUAUUGACCGAGAUACUUAUUUUGUGUAGCCCUAGACGCGUUUUGAACAUGAUACACCCACAU